AUGUCAGGCCAAAAGAUAAAUGGCACCAAAUCAGUCAUGGUGGUCAGUCCUAACUAUGAUGAAGCUAUAAAAGAAGACUUAGCCAGAACGUUAAAAGUAAAUAUUGCAGAAAAGAUUGGGAAAUAUCUAGGGAUCCCAGUAGACCCGGGAACAACUAAAAGAGAAAUUGGCAACCAAAUCAUUGAUCGGCUACAAAGUAGACUUCAAACUUGGAAAGGUAAACUCUUAUCACCUGCAAGGAAGCUAACUCUUAUUAAAUCGGUUAUGCAAGCCAUGCCAAUAUAUUCUAUGUCGAUCCAUAGAUUAUCAAAAGAUACCUGCAAUAGAAUUGAUAGAAUCAUUAGAGAUUUUUGGUGGGGAAACACUGCAGACGUGAGGAAGUUACAUACCAUAGCUUGGGAUACAAUCUGCCAACCUCAGGAAUUAGGAGGUGUGGGUAUUAGGAAGACAGAACAAUUCAAUCAAGCCCUCUUAGCCAAACAGUACUGGAGAAUAACCCAGAAUCCACAAUCACUACUAGCCACUACUCUUAAAGGGAAGUACUUUCCAAAAGCUCAAAACCUUUGGGAUAUGGAACGAUGUCCAACCACUGCAUCCCAAAUAUGGAAAGGAAUUUGGAGGACAAAAGAAACACUACUGGUAGGAGCAAAUGGCAAGUAG